AUGGUGGCGGUGCGCAGGCCUUGGCCAGUCAUGGUCGCAGUGCUGCUAGUCCUGCUCGCCUGCCUGGGAGCGCUGGUGGACGCCUACCCCACCAAACCAGAGGCUCCGGGAGAAGACGCCUCCCCGGAGGAGCUGAGCCGCUACUACGCCUCUCUGCGCCACUACCUCAACCUGGUCACCCGGCAGCGGUAUGGGAAAAGAGACGUCCCCGCAGCUCUGUUCUCCAAACUGCUCUUCACAGACGACAGCGAGAACCUCCCCUUCAGGUCUCGGUCAGAAGAUUUGGACCAGUGGUGAGGACCCCACAAAGCCUCCUGCGAUAUGUGCUAACUACACCGACUUCACUUGCAUGUUUGGUUUAAGAAGAGGGCACUUCAUAUGUGGUGUCCCGGACACCCAGGCUGGAGGGCUGUGUGUGUUCAUUUCCCUGUUCCCAAAUAAAAGGCAAAUUUCACACAAAA